AUGCAGCAAGCUAGAUCCACUCGUGCGGGAUACAAGAAAUCCCGAAAUGGCUGCACGAGAUGCAAGAAGAGACGAGUCAAGUGCGAUGAGGAAGUUCCAUGCUCGGCUUGUGUGAGGCACAAGGUUCCAUGUAGCCUUGCAUCUCCCGAUGGCGAGCAUGAAGGUAUUCACAUACCCGACCGGUCUCUCCAUCCACCCAACCCUAGCUCUUCUGGCUUCAACUUUUCGUCAUUGCUCUGUGGGUCCCUGUUCGAAAGCCCUCGAGAAGACGCAGACUGUUGGGUUGCCAACGUUGAGCUCAUGUUUCAUUACUCGACUGUCACGUAUAAAACGCUUUGCUUUUCAGACCAGGUUGUGUCAACGUUCCUGCACGACAUGCCUCGUCUGGCUCUCUCUCAUCCGUACUUUCUGCGAGAGAUUUUAUCACUCUCCGCAUAUCAUCUGGCCUAUCUUCAUCCUGAAAAGCGGCAGUCGUAUGUUCUGCUGGCCUCCAAACACCACGACCUGGCUGUUAGAGGUAUCCGAGAAGUCCUCGCGGGGCCAAUAACGUCUGCCAACUGCCAUGCACUAUACGCUGCCGCGAUAUUUAUUGUUAUCAACAAAUUCGCCGCCUUCCCUAGUUGCGAGGACUAUCAAGCACACGGAUGCUUGAUGCCGAUUCAGGCACUGGUUGAGAUGUUUUCUCUUGUCAACGGCAUCAGUGCUCUCCUGAUGUCCUCGGAAGGAAAAAGCAUUCUUAAUGGGCCACUAAAGGAUUUUUUCAGCCGGUCUAUUGUUCCUUAUCCGCCGAGCGAACUGUUCCAUGGGCUCUUAACUCGUGUACCCGAGCUCAAACUCCGGGCAGAGUCGGACGCUUUGGACCCGAAGGCGAAACUCAUUUUAAUCACGACCCUUCAGUGUUUUGCCGAAUGCCUUGAAGAUACAAUUAAUCGUCCAACCGUGUCGUGUCCACCAGAGAUGCGUGUCCAGUUCAUGUGGCCAAUGAUGGUCACGCGUGACUUUCUCGACUUGGCGGGCUCAGGACAUCCGUUGGCUCUGGUGACUUUGGCGUAUUACGACACAUUAUUGUCUUGGGCAGAGUCUAGAUAUUGGUUCUUUGAGGGCUGGGCGCAGCCAUUGAUGGAAGCUAUUAUCGAAAAAGUUCGAGGGUCCGAGUGGGAGGAUCUUGUGAGUUGGCCUGCGAGUAUCGUUUUGAAGGAAAAGGAGGCACCUUUAGACGCGAUGGGAAUUCCUGGAGUAGUAUGA